AAGUAUACGAGGCAAAAAUGAUAGAGAGACACUCCAAUCAAUUUUCCCGCCAAUAUUCCCUCCAAAAAUCACUUCUCUCCUCUUCUCUGAAACCCUAAUCCCAGCUUCGUAGAGCUGAGCGUAAAAACCGCAUGAAAAAUCAAAGAAUCAAGAGGAGAAUGACAUCAUUAGAUGAGUCUUGGAGAAUAACACCCGCCAAGAUCCACUCUCACAAGAGACAGAAGAGCACCCGACCAUCCCCCAAUCCCAAUCCCAAUCCCAAUCCACUCGCCACCGUCUUCACGCGCAGCAGGUCCCGCAUAUUCUCCCACCAGCACCGCUCCGGAUUCUCCAGACCCGACCCGCUCACCAGAAAACCCGUCCCCGCGAUGGAAUCGUUUCUGGACGCGAACUGCCUCAGUGCCCCGCGCGCUCUGCUCACCAAAGAUCUCCGGCAUAAGAGGGUUUUCAGUCCAGCCGUCGACUCAAUCGAGGACAAAAACGAAGAGCAGAGCAAUCUGUUGAAGGGCUUCGCUCCGAGCACGGUCCCGGAUGUCGACGAUGCGAAGGAUUUUGAGCUUGAGAAAUCUGAAAUUGAUGGGGUAAGUGAUCUGAAAUUGAAAGAUCGGGCGAUUCCUGGAAAUGCGUCUCCUCCUAAAUUGAAAAAGGGUAUUAAUGGUUGUCAGACGAGGAAGGUUUUCAAGAAUCCCAAUUCAUUCAGCUAUAAAAGAUUGCUUCCGCAUUUGAUGGAUAUUGUCAAUGAUUCAUCUAGUGUGUCCAAAUUUGAAUUAGUAGAUGCUGGAAGUAAAUCUAGGUCUCCGAAGUUGGAUGGUGUCGGUUUUGAACCGAGGUCUAUUGCUGAUGAUAGUUGUGCAGUCAAAACUGAGUGUGUUGCUCCUCGGUUUAAUGAUUCAAGAAAAGUCUCCACCGUUAAGUGGGAUUUGAGUGGCGUGGAUAAUGAACUCAAUCGGACUGCAGAAGCUAUUAGGCUGCUGGAAGUGGAGGAAGAAGGUCGUCAUAGUGAUGUGAAUGGAGUCGAUGCAUCAGUGGAGGAAAGGAUUCAGACGACCCCUCCCGACCCUUGUAUCCUCGCUAAAACAGAGGUUGGUUGUGGCAGGGAAUCAUCGGAUGCUAAGAAGGACCAAACUUUCAUUGUUGGCAGUGAGAAGAGCAUCAAUGGCUCCUUGAAAAGGUGUCCAAAUACCAAAGGUGGCGAUAGUUUGAUGGACAAAGCGGCUUUGAAUCCGUGUUCCCGACUAAGGUUCUUCAGGAAUUCUAGGUCAGUCAGUUACAGGAGAUUGCUUCCGUUUCUGAUGGACAUAUCGAAAGCUGAUUCCUGUACUGCAGCAAAGCCGCCAAAAAAAUUGCAUCGGUUUGUUUUGGAAGAAGAUAGACAGCCAGCUCCUUCCGCCACUGCUGAACGCUGUUUUGUGAACAAUAAUCUGAAAGAAAAAACAUGCGAAAGAAUACACGAUGAAGCUAGAAUUCAAACUGCUGCAGAUGGUUCGUCUCCUGAUAGUAAUAGUAAUCUGAGGUCGGUUAAUUCUGCAACUCUUCCUGAUAUAGGCACGGUGAAUGAAGAAACUGGGCAAAGUCAAAGUGGUCUGGCAAAGUUACCACUAGAUCUUGGGUCAAAAGAGAGUAUGUUAGUCUCGGAACCAUCGUCGGUUGUCAAUUGCAUUCAGACCAAGCAACAUACUCCUGAAGAGCCUAGGUCAGCUGAGAAACACGACACGUGCUUGAGUGUAGAAUUAGAACUUCAUAGUGGCAAUACUGAUACAAGUGAAAUAGUUAACUUGAAGCAACCCUCGUCCCCGGUCAACACGUUGGAUCAUUUGGGUGCCUUGGUUUCUCCUAACAACAAGCCUUUCAAGGGAAUACUCAAGAGAAAUCGCCAAGGGUGCAGAGGGCUAUGUGAUUGCUUGAACUGUGCUUCUUUUCGUCUUCAUGCUGAAAGGGCAUUUGAGUUUUCAAGGAACCAGUUGCAUGAUGCGGAAGAAGUUGCAUCACAGUUAAUGAAAGAACUAGCAAAUGUCCGUCUUUUAUUGGAGAAAUCCAUCGCUGGAAAAGAUGAUUCUGCUAGCAUUCGACCCAAUACAGCUAUUAUUAAAGAAGCAUGUGAUAGGACGAUCGAAGCAGAAACCCUGGCAAAGGAGCGUCUUGGUGAAUUGAACAACAAACUUAGUGUCCAUUGCAGAAUCCCAGUCUUGCUGCAGCCCAAGGUAACUUUUGCUCCUAACAAUCAAUAAAGGGAUAGCAGCAGAGAAGCUACAAGAAUUAAUGCGCGUUUGCUGAGACAAUGUAUGCAUUGUUUGCCUUUGAUUUCUUUAUCCAAUUGAGGCAUUGGUGUGAUAUUAUGUGAUAGCCAUGGGAUUCCGGAAGCGUUACAUACAUAUGUUGUGUGUUUUAUAUAAUGAAAGAGAUCUCAUACUACAGUCCA